AUGGAGAACGGACUUUUCCAGAAACAUCGGUCGGGCUUUUCGUCCCUGGUCGACAUCGGCAUAUUCAACUAUGACUAUGCACAAGGAACAUGGGCCCGGGGAAGCCAUUUUCACAGAUCAGCCAACCUCGUAUAUGUUAUUUUUGAAACAUGCCGCUUUGCUACGACUUACUUUUCGAUGUACGACAGCGUCGCUUUCCGCGUAUUGACCAGUGUGGCUAUGAGGCGCUUUGUUAUGCCAUUGGUUGCAUCGGCUACACGGUCCCCUUAUUCCCACGAUCUAAUCGCGGAUCUAUGGAGUGACCCAACGGUCGCUGUUCACGGGACAGAUUUCAAAGUCAAUUCUCAGUCUAGGUGCGGAUCUGAUCCCUCGCGGGCUUACGCGUCGAUCUGCAAGGCGACACCCGCACCAUGGGUUCCCAUGGCGUGUGACCGAGAAAUGGAGACGCAAGAAAAAGGGAAACCUUGCAACAGACGGAAGCUUGUGCGUCGCAGAUACUGUGCAGGUGGCCUCCGCGGAUACCUCCCUACUCCGCCCUUGAAGACUGUCGAUAAUUUUGACAGCCAAAAUGGGGUUCGACCUGAUCGUUGGCCCUGGAAAUCAGGUACAACGACCAGCUCGGCUUUGUCAGAGUCGCCCGAAAGUUCCGAAUGCAACCGCCGCAUAGCCGACCAGUGGCACCAGAAUUGGGGCUCCUACGAACAAGAUGAGUCUGCACGCGACGCGGAGGAAUGUACCGAAAUGGUAGGCUACGUAUGCUCGCCUGUUGUGUAG